AUGAGUGCUCAGAAUGGUUCGCCAACCAGGGGAAAGAACCAAUAUGUUGCUAAGUAUCUACAAAGUCUUGGUUCUGACGGUUCCACUGCUCUAAUGGAUGUUUCACCAUCAAAACUCAAUCCUAUAAGCCCCAAAGCCUCGUCUGUAAAGGAUAAGUUAUCCUUAGCUAAAAGACAAGAUGAUAAGGAAAACCAUCCAAUAAUUCCGUCUAAAAAUGUAAAGUCAAAUAUAUCAAAAAAUCCUUUCUUAUUGCAAGAUUCCAAUAGCCGACAAAGUUUAGCAAGUAACUCAACAAGAGGGGAAGCUAAAAGUAAUGGUUUCUCAGAAAGUGAAUCUAGUUUGAAUAAACAAUCUCCUUCAAGAACUACUCCCCGUGCUAACGAUGGUUCUUCUGACUUGAAAAAUCUUGUAUCCGAAAAUUCAUCAGUUGCAAGCAAGAUUGGAUCUUCAGUUACUCUGUCGCCUAAAAAAGUCGAUAUGUCCUCAAUGUCCAAAGAGACCCUACGGUAUUAUGAGUUUCUUUGCCGAGUUGGGGAAGCCAAAAAGUGGAUCGAAGAAGUCAUUGAACAAGAAAUGCCAUCUGAGUUGGAACUGGCUACUGGUAAUUCUAUGCGGGAUGGGUACUAUUUGGCAAGGCUGACUCAAACUAUAAAGCCAGAUCUGGUAGCAACCGUUAUCCCCCCGGGGCGUUUACAGUUUAAACACACUCAGAAUAUUAAUGCUUUCUUCUCCUUGGUUGAUUACGUUGGUGUCCCGGACCUAUUUAGGUUUGAACUCACAGACUUGUAUGAAAAGAAGAAUAUUCCCAAAGUUUUUGAAACGUUACAUGCACUGUCAAAUAUUCUCAAUAGUAGGUACCCUGAACAAGUGCCAGAAAUUCAAAAUUUAUCCGGUGUCUUAGAGUUUUCUGAACAGGACUUAAAGCUGUGUAAACAGAAGCUACCAAAUGUCCGUAAUUUCAGGCCAUUUAAAGAGGAGGGAAACUCUAUAUCACCAACCAAAGCUCAUCGCGGUGAAGGGUUAAUUAAAAACUGGGACCUAAAAAAACCGAAAGAGCCCGAACUAAAACCAGCUUUGGUAUUAGAUUUUAAAAAGGUCGACGAAAAGAAAGUGGAAAGUGAGGAACCACCUGCUGACAAUGGCCCUUCGAAUGAUACUAUUGAGGAGCCGGCUAAACCAGCGGAGGUUGUUGAAUCCCAAAAAGUGCCAAAUCUUACAGUAGAAGAAGUACCUGUUUUAGAAAAUCCGGAAGGAAUGGAUAUCACCAAUUACCCUCGAACUCCAGAAAGGCAAUUACAUGAAUAUUAUCCCAACAUACACAGGUAUAUUUCUCCACAAAGUUAUGAACGUUCAUAUAUGGAUUCACGAACUGCUUCCAUAUUACUCUCCGAUCCCUUAUUAAGAACAGCAAACACCAACUUGUCUUACAGUCCUCCAAAGUCGUUUUCAUACUAUUCUCCAGGUAUUUCAAGAAGAAUGGGUUACACCUCUGACAUUACUCCAAGGUCUUUUGACAGGUAUUAUGAGGGUUCUCCUUAUAGUAGUUACUCACCCACGCAUUCUUCUUACUCUCCAGGUAGACGCCAGCGGCUGUCAGAAGAUGAGUUUUUGGAUAUCAUUUUCCGCUUUCAGGCUCUCUCAAGAGGUGCCAACUUUCGUUACCGGAUUUAUCUCAACAAGAAGACUUUUGAAUUGUUCGAGAAUAAUACCAAACGUUUACAGGCAGCUUGCAAAGGCAAAUUAAUGAGAGUCAAGUAUACUGUGAAACCCAAACCUGUUUUUUCUGAGGAAGCAGAAGGACAAUUAUGUUCUCUUCAGUCAACUAUUCAUGGACGUCUUCUUCGUAAUCGUUUGGACAUAGUACGUCUGAACUGUUUGAAGAAUGACUUUAUAAUUAGGAGAUUCCAGGUGCUAGUAAAUUCUGUUGUUAUACGCAGGCAAUGCAAGAAUACUUUGAAGAACAUUGUUGUUUGUACUAAACCACUGAUUGGUUUUCAAGCAACACUUAGAGCUACGCUUAUUAGAAAGGAAAUUAAAGAUAUUAAUUGGUCUUUGAAUGUCAUUAAACCCCGUGUGGUUAGAUUCCAAGCAUGUUGUCGUGGAUCGAUUGUUAAGGCAAAAUACGAUUACCAGAUCAGGCAUCGAUCGCUUUCUCUUGGUCUUUUAGAACGUUGCCAAGCGAACUUCAAGGGGAUUGCACAACGGCGCUUGCAUGCAUAUUUCAUGAAUGAGAUCUAUCGUUUUGAGGCAGUUGUUACUCGCUUUCAUGGUUGUGCGAGAGGAUCUGUUGUACGGAACAAAUUGAACUCAGUGAGGUACAACCGUGACUCAAAUAAUCCUAUAUUUAAACUGCAGGCAAUAAUAAGAGGUGUUUUGGCAAGAUUUGCCAUUGAUUUAAUUAAUGAUAUUGUCGAAGCCAAUGAGCUAAUUAAGUUACAAGCUGCAACCCGUGGUGCAAACUUAAGGUCUAGGAUAUGCAGUAAUGCGCAUUAUUACCAACAGAAUGAGGCCACUGUGCUUGGAAUUCAAAGUGCUGUUAGAACCCACCAGUUGAGGACUGCGUAUCAUGAACUAUUGAAUUCAAGCACUCCAAGCUUAUGGGCAGUUAAGAAGUUUGUCCAUAUUCUAAAUGAAAGCGAUGCUGAUACGUUGUACUCAAAGGUACACAAGAAAAAGGCCAUGGUAAAUGAAUGUAAUGAAGAGAUCAGACACCUGCAAAGCAAAAUAAAAAGGUCUAUAAAGAAAAAAGAUUUGUUAGAACGGAGAGGGAUUCAGGUUAGCAGAUAUUUAUCUCAAGCUGGUUUAGCUAAUUUAGAGAAAUUUUCUGAAGAUAAAGUUCCCGAUAACUUAAAGAAGCAGAAUUCAUUAUAUGAAAAAAUAUGCUAUCUACUUCAAGUUGAUUCAUUUUAUUGGAAACAACUAUUCAAACUAGAGCCCCAUUCGUGUACCAACUUCUUGCCUAAACUCUUUUCUCCCACAAGCGGUAAGAUUGGUCGUAGAGAGAACAUGUUAUUCAUCAAAAUGAUUAUGGACUUGAUGAUGGAUGAAAUGGAUGAGAUAUCUACUGAUGUAUUUUUGAACGCAAGCACUUCCAAUUCUCCUUGGAAAAUUUUAUUAACUCAAUAUCUGCUCCGUCACCAAAAUGCUGAAACCGUUCACCUGUUAGGCAAUAUUCUAGAGUCUUUGAAUGACUCAGAAUUGGACUUCGAAAGUGUACCUGCAAAUAUCUAUAAAAUGCUACACCCAAAUGAACCAAUAGUACCCUCACACAUUGCGAUCGAUGACAACCAGACUAAUUCAAAAUAUGUUGAAAAUAUGACGAACAUAUGGAAGUCUACUGAAUCUGUGAGGAAUGCCCUAACUCUCAUGAUAGAUUCUAUUCCAAUGGAGAUAAAGUAUCUUUGUACAAAGGCAUAUAGAGUUGUGGCCGAUAGGAGCACCAACUUUUAUGAUCCCUUAAGAGCAAUUGCGAAGGUCUUGAUCGAAAACUAUGUGAAUAUAUUUUUCGCAAACCGCAGUCAGUAUGGCAUUCAUGAUAAGUCAUCUGACAUCGACAAUAAAGUGCAAGUUUUGUGCAACGCUUUAACUACCAUCUUCAAUUUAAAGGAGUUUAACGGUUAUUACACACCAUUGACAUCCUAUGUUGAGGAAGUUGAGCCUGCAAUUGUGAAUUUAUUGAAAAAUAUGUUGAUUUCUCCUCAGUUUGAAAAUGAAUGCGAUAGCGUUAUUUACAGGGACAUGGGUUCUACAGAUAGACCAACCCUUACUAUGAAGCACCAAUAUUUGGACAGCAUGAUUCAAAUAUUUAUUGCCCACAAAUCUGUCCUUCCACAUGACGAUGCAAUUGUUGAUUUAUUAAAACAGAUGGAAUCAAUAUUCGAAACAUCUGUUCCCCGAACAACUGGUGUUAUAAGUCUUGAAUUAGAUCCAUCCAUCUAUCACGUAUUACUGGAGGAUGAUAGGUCUACUUUGAUGUACAAUGAAACAAAGAGGGGACUCUGUUAUCUAAUGCAGGUAGAAGAUGUUGAAACGAACUUAGCGGAUCUUUUGACAAGCACUGUACUUCCAGAGGAUAAUAUUAUUUUUCAGAAUUUGCUGAAGAAAUACCCAUCGAUUCAACAAGACUUGUCCAAAAAGCAUUUAGAUACCAUGGGAUACGUUGCUCUGAAAAAACACAUUAUGCAGAGGGUCAAGGAGCUCACGCAUCUUGGUAUUAUAGAUGAAGCCAAUAAUUACCAAUCAGUGUUGAACGAUAUUGCAAACACAAUACGCUCAAGACCUUAUGUAGGCCACAUGAAUGAGCGGGAAUUAAUUUUUAUGACUGAUGUUCAUGAUCAUUUAAAAAAGAAGGAAAAUUAUCUUCGCUUGUUAUCAGAGGCAUUACUGACAGCCAUAAGUAAAUCGGUGACACAAGUUCAAAAAUAUGGGCAUUAUGAGCCUUUGAAAAAAGCUGGCCUUGGAAACAAGAUCAAAGAUGUUUAUAAAAGAGUUCAUGGUAGAGACUCCCAUCAACCUAGUGGGAUCUACUAUAAGUGGAAUACUCGCCAGUUGUAUGAAAGGGGAGUAAUAUGUGAAAUCUAUGGUGAACACCUGAAGGAAAUUGAGGUUAGUUUUUUUGGUUCUAGUGCCCCGAAAUUUCCUGACAUAGAUUUCAGAAUCUCCACUAGAAAUGGAGAAGUAUACAGUAUCGAUAUGCUAGAUGGUAAGAGGUCUAGCUUCCGGUACCACGAAGUGGUUAAGUUCGGUGAAUUACUUGAAAAAGAAACCGACGAUCCUGAAGCGACAAUCGUUUUGAUGAGAGGAAAAAAAACGACGUUCAAAAUUUGUGCCUUAUUAGACCUUCUGUCUGAGGUAUUUUUUAGGUAA